CCUUUCUUUGUCUACUCCAGACCAGUACUAAUGUGGCCGUUCUCGAGUAAUGGGCACCAAGUAAUUGUCGAAAAGAAACGCAAAGAACGUGCACAAUUGCUUUACACCGCACCAGCAUUCAAUUCUACCAAUCAUACGGUGUUUCUGAAAGCCGGAACGAAAGAAAUCGUGUCUCGGAUCCAAAGCGGAGAAUGGACAGCAGUUCAAGUUGUUGAGGCUUAUAUCGCAAGAGCAGCUGUUGCACACGCUCAGACGAACUGUGGUACAGAAAUUCUGUUUGAACAAGCAUUGAAACAAGCAAACGAUCUGGAUGCCGAAUAUGCGUCGACAAAGCAACUGCGCGGUCCUUUCCAUGGUGUUCCCAUCAGCCUCAAAGACCAAUAUGAUGUGACUGGGUUCGACAGCACAGUUGGGUAUACGCGGUGGGCGAAUAACCCAGCGAAGAAGAAUGCGGGCAUUGUUCAACAACUUGUAUCACUCGGUGCUGUCCCAAUCAUGAAGACGAAUGUACCCCAGACAUUGUUCGCGUUCGAAUGCAACAACCCAUUAUGGGGGAGAACGCUAAAUCCUUAUAACCACAAGUAUACUUGCGGGGGUAGCUCUGGAGGAGAGGCCGCCUUAUUAGCGCUAGACGGUGCUGUAUUUGGCGUUGGAAGUGACAUUGGAGGCAGUCUUCGUAUUCCAACAACCUACUGCGGAAUUUACGCAUUGAAACCAACCGUAGGGCGUCUCAGUCGCAGUGGUUGCCGGGGUCCUAAUUCUGGUGACAGUGGAAUUCAAUAUACUGUCGGCCCUAUGGGACGCUCCGUGGAGGAACUAGAUAUCUUCUGUAGGGGUCUUUUUGGACUUCCGGACGGGUAUGCAGAUUAUACCCUCACUCCGACGCCCUAUCGGGAGGUUGAAUUGCCGAAGAAAAUGCGUUUUGGGUACUACACUUCGGAUGGCUUUACUAAAGCAUCACCUGCAAACAAGCGUGCAGUAUCCGAAACAGUGGAGGCACUGAAGAAGCAGGGUCACCAAUGCAUCGAACUUACUGACUUUCCCUUCGCUACGGCGGCGACAGCCAUCUUCAUGGGACUUACGUCUUCUGAUGGUUACAGAAAGCUAACCAGCCAUCUAGGCUCGGACCCCAUGGAAAAGACCAUCUAUUUGCCAGUAUACGGCUCGCGUCUGCCUGGCUUCAUUCGAGCCUUUGCAGCUUGGGUUCUCGAAUCCAUCUUGGGCGAUUCGACCUAUGUUAACCUGCUCCGUGCAGCGCGAAUCAAAACAUUUGGAGAGUGGUCAGGUUAUUCUGUGAAACGAAAUGAAUUUAUACAAGAGUUCUACGACAAAGUUUGGCGUCAGCAUGAGCUGGACGGUCUCAUCGCACCUGUCCAGUCGAUGCCUCAAUUACCUCACGGGUUGGUCGCCCCAUACAUUGUAGUCUUUUCUGGAAUCUGGGAUCUUAUAUGCUAAUAUCCUUCGCAGGGGGGUCAGUGAACUCAAUGCCCUUGCCUCCAGCACAAUACUCUACAACCUGGUCGACAGUCCCGUUGGAGUGCUACCUGUCACCUUCGUCGAUCCCUCUAAGGAUGCAUUGACCAAGGAAUGGACCGAAUGUGGUCCUGACGCCGGUAGCGUCAUGAUGCACAAGCGCAUGUACAAGGAUAAGGAGCCGUACUAUGACCCUGUUGCCAUGAAAGGGAUGCCUGUUGGUAUUCAGCUCAUUGGGAAGCGAUAUGAAGACGAGAAAGUUUUGGCGAUGAUGGAGGUUGUGGAUAACGCGCUGGGAAAGGGAAGAGGAUUUGGGCCUUCAUCCCUUCUCGAAAGGAAUGUCGAGACGUAAAUAUACCACAAGGACUUCACCGAUACCAAACAUGAAUCCAUGCUUAAGUAAUUCUGACA